AUUCCAAUAUACUGCUCAAUGAAAUAAAGUGGAAGCGACCAACAAUUUUUGAAAUACUGGUGAAUCAGUAGAAACCUUGGAUAAAGAUGAGCUAUUACAGAAACUUCAAAGCCUCAAAAUUACAUGCUCACUGUGAGAGCUGCUACAGCCGACGCUGUAGGGCUCCUGUUGAGAUCUCCGUCUCGUGUGUGAUCAUCAGCUGUCGUGCGCUUUGUGGGGCGACCUUUCAUCUGUGUAAGGAGGAGGAACACACCCUUUUGUGCCCGAAUGAGAAAGUGCCCUGCCUCAAUGCGCAAUUUGGUUGCCCCUUCCGCAUGUGUCGCUCUAAGCAGGCAAAGCACCUUGAGGUAUGUCCAGCAAGCGUGAUUUGCUGCUCCAUGGAGUGGAACCGCUGGCCACUCGAAGACAUACAGAACGAUUUCUACAUCAAUCUUUUGAAAGACGACAAAGAGGGUGAGGCCCUUGACCUCUCCAUGGCCAUCAGAGACCAGAGGUACCUGUGUAACAGGAUAAAAAUGAAGUCGCUCUUCCCUGAAUUAGUAGAAGAAGACGACGAACCCCUUCCGCCUGAGGAAGAGGAAGGUGCAGUAGGAGGGAAGCCCUACUCAAAUGGAGCUGAAGUUAAUGGAGGAUCGGAUUAUCCCUUUGGUAAGGGCCCCACGCCAGCCACACAGAAAGAAAACAUACAGGAAGAGAAGGUGGCGGCUGCAGAGGAAAGGACUCUCGACAGGGACAAAUAUGACCGGUACGAGAUGAUGUUUAGCAUGGAGAGGGGUGGCUGCAAACAGGCCUCCAUACAAAACCAAGACGACAAAACAGUCAGUAAGGGAUCUUCCAAAGAGUCAGAACAAAACGCUGUAGGUGGCUCUGUCGGACAUGCUCCAUGGCAGAGAGGGGUUCUGGAGCGCGUCGGACAAGACAUGACUGCUCAGGAGUACAACAUGUACAUAGUGCAUAACGGUCGCAUGCUGAUUUCUUUUGGCCAAAUGGCUGCUUGCACGCCAAGGGAAAAGGACUUUGUUUAUGGAAACCUUGAACCGAUACCUGUUAUGACACUGUACAACUACAAACCUCCUAUUAGCUACAGGGGCAAACGGAUCCAUAAGAAAGAUUACUCAAAGAUCCCAGAUACUGAGCAUAAGUACACUGAUACCUCUGAUCUGGGUCUGUCUGAGGAGGAUAUUCAUGUAACAGAUGAAAUGUAUGCAACCUUGCUGUGCUGUGCGGAGAAAGAGGUUCGCGGGCAUAAAAUCUGCGAGACGGUGGGGAUAGAUGGGAACUUCGUCGACAUAGCGACGCAAACCUACAGCUACCCCACUGCUCCGUUCCAACCUGACACAUCACUGGCCGACAUCACAGCCGACAAAGAGUUGAAACUGUACGUCCAGACCGUAACAGAGAGUAUCACCUCACGUCACGACACGACCAGCUGUACAUUCACCUUUCGAUGUGGCCACCCGUUCAGACGAGAUGAGUACCCCUACCACUACAAAAAUGUGCACGCAGACAUCCAGUUCUCCCUGGAGGGCUGGUUUGAACAGAGGUGCCCUCUGGCUUACCUGGGGUGCACAUACGUCAGAAAGAACAUCUGUCCACUCGCACAAAAAGCCACCAUAUCCUACCACCAGAACCUGAGCACGUUCAGCCUUAAACCGCAGGUGUGUGGGCCAGUCAUAACCACGGGCGAGCCUGGUCCCCCUCAGGCCAAGCAAGCCAAGUACGAAGACUCCCUUGGCAACCUGCCCUAUGAGGUCCUGUGUCACAUUGCCAGUUUUCUAGACUGCUUCACUUUGUCCCAGCUGGCUUUGGUUUCGCAGCUGUUCCGUGACGUCUGUGCUACACAUCUUCAGGAAAGAGGCAUGGUGUCGCUGAAAUGGAGGAAGAAGUCAUAUUCCCAUGGGGGCUCCCGCUGGAAGUGUAGUAAGGUGUGGGAGUUCAGCAAUCUUUUUAGCAAAGUUGACAGGUGGUGCCUUGGCGAUGAGCCCUCAAUGUCAGACCAUCUGAAGGUCUGUCCAUUCUACCAGCGGGAGAUGAAAACAGAGCGGAUUGCCGUAAUGCUGAAAGAUUGGAAGAAGAAUCAAUUAAACUGAUGUUGUUUAACAGGAAAACGUGAUUCAUACUAAUACAGUGGUUCUCAAACUUUUCACAAUGAGUACCACCUCAGAAAACAAUUGACUCUUCAAGUAUCAUUAUUACUGCCAUGAAAGCUUCACUACGUCACUUGUACUGGGCUCAUUGUCACCAACUUUAGUUUCUGCUAGACAUAUUCACCACACUUCUUUUUCUAAUACUUCCCUUUUGGAGCCAUGAUUGCGCGAAUGUUUUUGAUCCAUCAUGUUUGCUUCCUAUUCCUUUGCUUGCCAGCACAGCUUAGCUUGUCAACCAUUUGCUAAUGCGCCAUACAGUUAAACUAGCCUAGUAGGCCUAUUGGCUCCUGUUGGCUGAUAUACAGUAAACAAAACGAAAGGCCUACUUUUUUCAUGAAAGACAAAAAAUUGUUUAAAUUUAACUUCAGUGAUCGCAUGGUUAAGGUUUUGUUAUUAUAUAUAUUUGGAUAUAAUUUGAAGUGAUUAUGUCAUCUUUAUUAAAACAAAUUGGAGACUCUU